AUGGGCACAGAUUUGCCUUCUGGACAGAGAAAGCGUCCCCUCUUCUUCAGGGAUCUCUACAGCCUGUCUUCAGGGUUCCAAAGGCAACCCCCUCUAUAUCUUACUAAACUUCAAUCAGACAGAAUCAGAGACCUUGGUUCUCCAGACUCCUUCAGAAGACGGCCACAUUUUAAAUGGCUUAACAGUGUCUGGACAUGGAGCAGGUUCUGUGCAGAAUUCAGGAGAGAGUAUUACAACAUGUACACCAUUGAGAUCUGCCAUGGGUAUGGGGAGCAGUUCAAACAAUCCCCACGAGCUGUUCUCAAUGAACCCAGAAAUGUCCGUCUAUAUUCCACAAACAUGAAUUUGGUGCUGCGGUGGGAUUCACCUGAGGGGGAAACCAAUGACCUUCUCUACACCGCAGAAUGCAUUACCUCUGUCCCACUGUGCCAAAUGGGUUGUGUCAACAUUUCAACCUUUGAAUGUGACUUCACCAGCCUCAACAUCUACCUCAGUGUGUAUGGAAGCUAUAAAGCCAGAGUGCGGGCACUGCGAGGUUCAGAGAGCUCUUCUUGGGUGGAAAGCAAACAGAUAACCUUGAGCAAGUAUACCUUAAUAGGUUCACCUAAUGUGCUGCUCUUUUCCAAUGGUGCCACAAUUGAAAUUCAAAUUGAAGAGCCAGAAUUUGCAACCUCAAACUUUAAUAAUGUGUUUGGCCCUUCCACUUACAACAUAACUUACUGGAAAGAUGACCAGAGUGAAAAGGGAAAACACAUCACCUCACUGAGUAACCGACCGGUUCUAAAUGACCUGGACCCAUGGACCAAGUAUUGUGUCCAGGUCCAAAUCAUGGCAGAAGGGAGCAGGCGUAGUAUGCCAAGCCGUAAAGUUUGUGCGAGCACCACCGGUGAGAAUUUAGAAUCGGAUGCUGCGUAUGUGCCUGCAUUGGUCACAUUUCUCAUCCUGGCAAUGGCAGUCACGCUUUUGGUGAUUGCAGUGGUUUAUCGAAGAAGGAUUUCUGACUUUCUUUGUCCAGAAGACAAACUGUCUCAGUACCUAUUGGCAACCCCCAGCUCAUCUCUUUACUGGGCCAUGCACAACUGUGACAGACCUGAAGAGAUCUACAAUUCAGUCAACGUCAUUAGAGAAGAAAAGCCUGUGGAGUAA